GUUUCAAAGAUGGCGGCUUCCAUAAGCGAUGAGAUUCAGAGCAUAUCUCUCCACAAUCUUCGUCCUGUGGUGUUCCACGGUUAUAUUUUCCCAUUUAUUUUUCUCUAUGGCAUUUGGCUGUAUUUUUGGGUUGGUGUCUACGGCAUAAAUGAGUACUUUGAAGCCGGUUUGAUCGCUUUAGCAAUUGUCGGAUGUAUUCAGAUACUGGUUUGCCUGUUCUGCCAUUGGUCUGUGCACGUCCGGUGUUCACUCACGUGUACAACGGAAAAUGAUCCUUACAAAGCAGAAUGGCUGAAAGUGGUACCUACUGAAAACAAUGGAUACCCAGAUAUCAUCAAGCUCCAUCAUGACAAGGCAAAAGAGAGCAAGAAGCCACAGCUUUGGUUCAUCUUCCAGAAGACCAAGUACAUCUAUGAUGCCGAGGAAAAGAAGAGAUUCCAGUCCGUACAGUUCCCUACAAACCUGCCCCUGAGAGACUAUCAGAACUGGAAGGGCUACACAGAAGACACAGAGGUGGCUGAAGCCAAGGACAAAUACGGAGACAAUGAUCUCAACAUGGAGCCGCCCAUGUUCAAGGAUCUGUUCAAGGAGAGAGCAACAGCUCCAUUCUUUGUCUUCCAAGUCUUCUGUGUUGGUCUUUGGUGUUUAGAUGAGUAUUGGUACUACAGCAUCUUUACACUCUUCAUGCUGGUGACAUUUGAAGCCACCUUGGUACAGCAGCAGCUCAGGAACAUGGCAGAGAUCAGGAAGAUGGGAAACAAACCAUUCCACAUCCAGGUGUACCGUAACCGCAAGUGGCGUCCCAUUAUGAGUAAUGAACUGGUACCUGGUGACAUCUGCUCCAUUGGGCGUUCACAGAAUGAGAACCCGGUACCCUGCGAUAUGCUUCUCUUGAGGGGACAAUGUAUCGUGGAUGAAUCCAUGCUGACAGGCGAGUCUGUACCCCAGAUGAAGGAAUCUAUUGAGACAUGUGAAGGAGACGAAAUCCUGGACAUGCAGUCAUACAGCAAGCUGCAUGUCAUCUUUGGUGGGACCAAGGUUGUUCAGCACUCACCACCUAGCAAGUCAGCAAGCGGACUCAAAGCUCAUGACAAUGGAUGUAUUGCCUAUGUUCUCCGCACUGGGUUCAACACAUCACAGGGGCGUCUACUACGCACCAUCCUGUUUGGGGUCAAGAGAGUCACAGCCAACAACUUGGAGACAUUCCUCUUCAUCCUGUUUCUACUGGUCUUUGCCAUUGCUGCAGCAUCUUACGUGUGGAUCGAAGGUACCAAGGAUCCGGACAGGAAUAAGUACAAGUUGUUUCUGGAGUGCACGCUGAUCCUCACCUCUGUGGUCCCCCCUGAGCUGCCCAUAGAACUCUCCCUUGCAGUCAACUCCUCCCUGCUGGCACUCAGCAAGCUUGGUGUGUAUUGUACAGAGCCAUUCAGAAUCCCUUUUGCUGGGAAAGUUGACAUGUGCUGCUUUGACAAGACAGGGACUCUAACCAGCGACAACCUGGUGGUGCAGGGAAUAGCUGGACUCAAGGGAGGUUCCAAGCUCUGUCUGAUUGCUGACUGUCCCAUCGAGACACAUCAGGUGCUAGCAACCUGCCAUUCAUUGGUGCAGCUGGAGGAUACCAUAGUCGGUGACCCAUUGGAGAAGGCAACACUCACUGCUGUGGACUGGACACUUACCAAAGGUGACGUAGUUAUUCCGCGCCGCAUCCGCAGCCAGCCUCUCAAGAUAGCCCAGCGGUAUCACUUCUCUAGCGCCCUCAAGAGGAUGGCUGUCUUGGUAUCCAUGCAGGAAGCAGGGUCAACAGAGAACAGCUUCAUGGCCACCGUCAAGGGGGCACCAGAGACUCUCAGAGCCAUGUUUUCUACCGUUCCUGCUGACUAUGAUGCUGUCCAUUCACAAAUGUCAAGGCUUGGUGCUCGGGUGUUAGCCCUCGGGUACAAGAAACUGGGACAUCUGUCAUCACAGCAGAUACGUGACAUGCACCGUGAUGAGGUGGAACACAAUCUUCUCUUUGCUGGUUUUGUCAUAAUCUCCUGUCCCCUCAAGAAUGACUCCAAGGCCGUUAUCAAGGAGAUACAGCAUGCCUCACACCAUAACGUGAUGAUCACUGGUGACAACCCCCUCACUGCCUGCCAUGUUGCCAAGGAACUGAAGGUUACCAAGAAACAGCACACACUGAUUCUCAGUCCUCCCCAGAAUGAUGGGAGUACCAGGAACUCUGACACCACCACACAGAACCAUUUGGAGGAAACAGACGCCAAUAUUCCGCUCAAAGGGUGGCACUGGCAGUCGAUAGAUGACACAGUUACUCUACCCAUGACGCCUAGCAGUCGAAGGGAGCAGCAAGAACUGAUUCAACAGUACGAUUUGUGCAUGACUGGCGAGGCUUUGCAGUACCUGCAGACAACAAAUGUAAAGUUCUUCAGCAGUGUGCUACCCUACAUCAAAGUGUUUGCCAGGGUCGCCCCAAAACAAAAGGAAUUUGUGGUGACAUCACUAAAAAGACUAGGGUAUACAACACUGAUGUGUGGAGAUGGGACAAACGAUGUAGGAGCUUUGAAACAUGCUCAUGUUGGUGUUGCCUUGUUGUCGAAUAUCCCAGAAAAGGUGCUUGAAAGGAUGAAGAAAAAGGCCAAAGAGGAGCAGGAGCAAGCUAAUAAUGUGAAGCAGGAGUCCAAGCACAAGGGUAAGACAGAGAAAGAGAAGACGGUGGCCGAUGCAGUAAGAGCCAGGCAGGGGACAGGAGGCUCCAGCAAGGCAGCGAAAGCAAGGGCUGUACAGAGAGGCGAAGAUGUCACCAGGAAACGUAUCAAUGCCAUCUUGAAAGAUAUAGAUGAGCAGGAUCAGCCCCAGGUUGUCAAGUUGGGAGACGCCAGCAUCGCAUCACCAUUCACAUCCAAACUCUCAUCGAUUAUAUGUGUGUGUCACAUCAUCAAGCAAGGCAGAUGUACCCUGGUCACCACACUGCAGAUGUUUAAGAUCUUAGCUUUGAAUGCCCUCAUCUUAGCAUACAGCCAGAGUGUUCUCUACUUAGAUGGAGUAAAGUUUAGUGAUGGCCAGGCUACUUUACAAGGGCUAUUGCUGGCUGGCUGUUUUCUCUUUAUAUCACGUUCAAAGCCUCUGAAGACGUUAUCCAAGUCUCGUCCCCUGCCCAAUAUCUUCAACCUCUACACCGUCUUGACAGUUUUGUUGCAGUUUGCAGUCCACUUUGCAUGUCUUAUCUUUCUAGUAUCUGAAGCUAAGGCAAGAUCUCCACCAAGGGAAAAGAAGUUUGUAGAUCUUGAAAAAGAAUUCCAGCCAAACUUACUGAAUAGCAGUGUCUAUAUUAUAUCCAUGAUGUUGCAAGUCAGCACUUUUGCAGUCAACUACAAGGGCCAUCCAUUCAUGGCUAGCCUGAAGGACAAUAAGCCCUUGCUCUACAGCCUGUUGAUAUCAGGCAUUGCUAUCAUAGCACUCACCACGGGUAUCAUUCCGGAGAUAUCACAGCAGUUUGAGAUUGUAGAGUUUCCUGCAGAGUUUCGUGCAGUGAUGCUCCAGGGUCUCUUUGCUGACAUGGUAGCUGCCUUAAUCAUAGACAGAACUCUGCAAUUCUUCCUCGGAUAUGCCACACUGAAGACUGGUUGAAACACUUUUUGUAGUGUGAAGUAGAAUGUGUAGAGGGGCUAGGUCUAGGAACUAGUCUCAUAGAAUCUGUAGAAUUAGUAUUACUUCAAGUUUAGCCUGGGGGUUAGUCAUACGGGUAACCCAAAAUCAUUGGUAUUUAGAUCUCGGUGGAAGACAUUGUGGCUAAAUUCUCUCUCCCUAUAUGUAGUUGAAUAAAGUAAACCUGUAAACUUGUUGCAGUUAAAAAGUAAAAGAACUAACGAAUUAAUAUCUGGAGUAUCCACUCAGAUGUUUUCUUAAAAGUUCAUAUAUUCCUCAAUUCAUUAAAACUUAUUUGGUUUAACCACUAUUUUAUAUAAGAGUUCCACGUGGAGUUCCCUUGUUAUCAGCCAGGUUAAUAGUAAUUGUACUUCUGUACAUGCCAAGCUAAAUGUUCGAUUUGUAAAGUUGUGUUUACCCAAAUGUCCAUGGCAUUUUUCUCUCACUGUACAGGGAGUCCCCCUAGAAAAUGCAACCCAAAGUAGAAUGUAUUUUCUAACGAUUUUCAAAAAUCAGCAACUUCAGUUGAACAUGUGCAAUUUACGUCGGUCUCUUUGUUAAGGUGCUGAUCGUAUUUACUCAGUAGACAAUAUUAAUCACAUUGAAGCAUUUCAGGAUCCAGUUUGUUAAUGGAAAGUUAAAGGGGUUUGAACAUGACACAACAAAACCCUGCUCAGUGCAGUAUCCUCUCCAAUUAUCUCAUGUGAUCAAGAGUUUUCAAUGGGAAUGACUUCGGGAGAAAAUGAAUGUGGACUUUGGGUUGUGUUUUUUCUUUUGGGACACACUGUAUAUUUUGACUGGCCUUUCAGUCUUCAAAGCUAAUGUACACACUUUGUAACAUACAAAAAAUUGGACUGCUUAAUUUAUUAUAAUAGUAAGUAAUAGUGUCAUUAUGUAAAAUUCUUUCACCUGGAAAGCUGUUUUUUUGGGAAGGGGAUAAAAAAGCAUUUUGUAUCGUUCUCCAAGAACCGUCUACAGGAAAAAGAUAAUCGAUGACUCACGGUGUCGUGUUGCUGGUAGCGACGUUUCGGCUGCUGGUGCUGCUAGCCUUCAUCAGGCAACUGAAGUCUGGAUGCUGCAGAGAUAUACCGCUGGACUGCGUCCUCCGCGUUUCUCGCUCUUCUGUUAACCUUCUGUUAACCUUUUUCCUGUAUUUGUCAUCCACCGCGGUGAUUAUGUUUAUCUCUUCUAAGAACCGUCUAGACAAAUGGUAUUUGGAAGAAAAACUUGUAUAAACACAUUUACUGCCUCUGUCAAUGGGUACCUUGCAUCAUUCUCGCCCCUUGUGGUCCAUGUGUUUUUGCAAGACAAAUUAAGCGAGUUAUGCUUUGAUGAAAACUGUGCAGCUACAUCAGGGAUAUGGUAAACCGCUUUUCUCUCGCUCUUCUGUUAACCUUUAUUGACAGGCUGUUAGGAACAGGUACAUACAACUUAGGCAAAUCUAGGAGUUAGAAUACUAGGUUGUUUAACCUUUACUUGUGCCUUAAAAAUCAUACAUAUUCAUUCAAGUACAUAUGAGUUUUUAAUCGUAUAUUCAGGUUAUAUAAGUUAUAAGUUUACAUAUAAAUUAUAUGUGCAUGUAUCACAUACCAAUUUAAGUCUUGCAUGUCUUACAGGUCAGCAGAAGUGCGAGAGAAUGUUUGUCACCUUGUCCCAAAUACAAUUAGUGAAAAGCAAACACUGUUUUUCUCAAUUUUUCUCCAGCAGUAAUAAACGAAUACAUGUAUGAAAGAAGCAAAUGGAAUGAUAGACACUAUAUUAAAAGCAAGUGCCAUUACCUUCAGUGUGCCCCUCUUA